AUGAAUGUUCUUUUCCAAGCGCUCAGUUACUUCAAAACCCCCGAGGCCAAUAAUAAUGAGCUGAUUCUGGAGUCCGUUGACAAAACUAAAGUGCUAGAGGAUCGGAAACAAUGUAUUGGGUAAGUGAACGUGCUAAAGCGUAAUAUCAUCUCUGGUAUUAUUGCUCAGAUAUAUUGUUUUAGAAGCAAAGUGGACGUCUUCUAUGGGAAGGACCCCUUUCUGGUGUCCAUGGGCAAAGGCCAAUACCUGUUUGAUGAGAAUGGAAGACAAUUCCUGGAUUGCAUCAGCAAUGUGCAACACGGUAAUCCGGUUGCCGUAAUUGUUGUAACUGUUUAGUCGGUCAUUGCAAUCCAAAAGUGGCCAGUAGAGUCUACGAGCAAAUGUUGACUACCAAUUGUAAUAUCCGAUUUCUGAGCAACAAGCUUACUGAUGCGGCCAAAGCCAUCCUGGCGACUCUUCCAUCUGAAUUGGACACUGUACUUUUUGUGAAUUCUGGAUCAGAAGCUAAUGAUCUGGCGUUGAGAUUGGCCAGAGACUACACCAAGAACACCGAUGUCGUCUGCAUGGAUCAUGCAUAUCACGGUCAUCUUAUAAGCACCAUGCAGAUCAGCCCUUACAAGUUCGACCAUGGUAGUAGCAUCCCUAAACCUGAAUGGGUUCAUGUUGUAAGCUCUUUUCCGCUUCCUACAUGCAGAAUUUCUCUCAACAAUCUACUUGUAAUAUUUCAGACCGCUACUCCUGAUGUAUAUCGUGGAAAGUAUCGCUUGAAUGAUCUUGAUUUGAGCAAUGAAGAAAAGCUAGUUGAAAUGGGAACUAUGUACGCUAAUGACCUCAGGAAGAUGGUCGAGAGUGAAGUGAAAAGUCAGGGUCGAACUGUGAGUGCUUACAUCGCCGAAGCCCUCCAGUCAUGUGGAGGUCAGAUCAUCCCGCCCAAAGGAUACAUGUCUAAAGUCGCUAAGAUCAUAAGAUCUAACGGGGGUGUGAUGAUCAUCGAUGAAGUGCAGACUGGAUUCGGAAGAGUUGGACAGAAGUUUUGGGCCCAUCAACUGCAGGAUGACACCUUUGUUCCCGAUAUAUUAACCAUGGGAAAACCGAUGGGAAAUGGAUUUCCAGUGGCCGCGGUAGUAACGAGAAAAGAGAUUGCUGACUGUCUUGGGGGUGAAGUCGGAUACUUUAACACUUUUGGAGGAAAUCCUGUCUCGUGUUCGGCUGUAUUGGCAGUAAUGGAAGUGCUGAAGGAAGAAAAUCUUCUUAGACAUUCUGAAGAAAUGGGAACACAUUUUGAGGAGCAGUUGGGAAAGCUGAAGGAAAAACAUCAAUGCAUUGGGGAUAUCAGGUAAGUCUAUCUGAUUUACUUUUAAUUGCAAACUCUUGUAUAAUACGCAUUGUUCCUAUUGCAGAGGCGUCGGUAUGUUCUGGGGUCUUGAUCUGGUGUUGCAUCGGGAGAGUCGUUUGCCAGCCACUGAACUAGCCGUAGAUCUCUGUUUCAAGCUCCGUGAGGAAUACGGGGUCCUCCUGAAUGCUGACGGUCCCCACACCAACAUCCUCAAGUUCAAACCUCCCCUUUGUUUCAAUAAGGACGACCUUGAAUUCGCUGUUUCCUCCUUGGAUAAGGCCCUCUAUGAAAUGGGAUAUUAG